AUGAUCUAUAUCCCUGCAGUUCUCGCACUUUCUAGCUUUGCAUUAGCUGGAUGGACAUCCAAGACUGGCUCCUGUAACACAGGUGAAAUCAGCUGUUGCAACACUUCAAAAUCAUCUGAAGAAAGCACUGGCGAGCAAGAUUCAUUGUUAUCACUCGGAAACAUCCUCGACCAAGUCGCUCUCGACUGUGUCCAGAUUCCUAUCCUUGCUGUAGCAAUAGAAGACGAGUGCAAAAACACACCAGUCUGCUGUGAGGACACUGACCAAGGCGGUCUUAUUGGUAUUUCAUGCUCACCACUUCCACUUAUUUAAUGUUAUUUAUUUAUUGUUUGAUUACCGAAUAAAUGCUUAGUGCCUCUUCGAUCAAUUUUGACUUCGGGCGCAGAUCCGUGACAAGAAUAGGGAAAAAAAUUAGUAGUGAUAGAUAUUACCUGCUUAUUCACUUGAUUCUAUUAUCUUUUUAUUUAUUAUUGUAAGAUUUUUUUUUUCCUUUGAUAUCUCCG